AUGGAUAAGGGGCAGGUUAUUGCCGGGGAUAGGUUCGGAGAUGAGAUGGGCACAUUUUUAGCAGGACAGGGCGGCAGGUUCGUUGAUGAGGAAGGUGAUUUGGACACGAUCUUAGAGCAACGUCGCAGCCGUGACUAUGAUAGUGAGCUAGAUGAUGAAACAGAGAAAGGCACACAGGUCGAGACAGUAGCAGUAGUUUACAGUCAAGCGAACGCGAGCAGACAAAGAUCAGCUCGAUCACGUCAGAGCUCUAGCGCCCAGGUGUCCAGAGUUACAUCGCCCAUGUGUGACGAGGAUCAAAAAGAUGACAUUAACCCAAUACUGAGCUCCCUACGAUCAAUGAAAGAUGAAGCUGACGAACGGCGUAAGAAGGAGAAGGAAGAAGAUGAGAAACAACGUAAGAAGGAGAACGAAGAAGAUGAGAAACAUCGUAACAAGGAGAAGGAAGAAGAUGAGAAACAUCGUAAGAAGGAGAAGGAAGAAGAUGAGAAACAUCGUAAGAAGGAAAAGGAAGAAGAUGAGAAACAUCGUAACAAGGAGAAGGAAGAAGCUGAGAAACAACGUAACAAGGAGAAGGAAGAAGCUGAGAAACAACGUAAGAAGGAGAAGGAAAAAGCUGAGAAACAACGUAAGGAAGACACUGAGGCAAUAAUUUCACAUAUAGGGGAAAUUCGUGGGGAAUUACUAACAAUAAAGAAAGAAUGUAGAGAAGCAAAACAAAUGCCAAUGGUAGCACAAAAAGUAGGAGGCCUAGCCAACACGGCAGCAACAGGGGUAUUGAAAAUCGCAAAAGUAACUUCUUAA